GUUCGUGAGAUUAUUUCAUUGCGUGAAGACGUUACGAGUGAUCAUUCUCGGGAAUAUUAAAAAAAAUUGAUAAGAUUUCUUCUUUAUUUUUCGUUGUUAUUAUUUAAAGUUAAAAGAAGCAUAACAUAAAAAUUUCUUCAAACAUAUUGAAUGUAACAAAAAGAGAUUUUUGAUUGCGAUAAAAGCGGACGGAAAGAAGUUUAAACAACAUAAGAUAUUUAAAAUGUGUGCUAACAAUCAACAACGAUAGAAGUGUCAAGAAAGGAACAGGAAAAAAAAGUGUCAACAAAAAGUGAAAAAUUUUGUUUCAAGACAAUCCACAUGUCCGCUGACAAGACAUACAUCUCAAGAUGUGCAAUAAACUAAUUUUAAAAAUAUUUUUACUUCUCGUCGUUGUGGUGAUUCAAGCACAAAGCAAACAUCAACAAAAAUUUGGAUAUCGACGCAACCGAAAUUCUGGAAAAUAUGGUGCAGCUGAUUUGGAUUCACCCGAAAUCGAUGAGAAUCCUGACAAUACUGUACAGAUUGUCGAUGAUGAAGACACUGUGACAGCUUCUUCAUCAAGAAUACGAACAACAAUUGCACCAACAAGCAACGGAUAUCCACCAAAAUUUACUAAACCAAAUGAUUUAAAUCGAUUUUAUUUGAAGCCUUCAGGAAAUACAUUGAAGUUGAAAUGUACAGCAGAAGGAGAUCCAAAACCUACAAUCGAAUGGACAAAAGAUGGAAAAACAAUUGACAGAAAAAUGGGACAAGUGCAAUACAGCAAAUGGUCGAUAACACUAGAAGAUUUAAUUCCAGUCGAUUCUGGUUCUUAUACUUGCAAAGUCCGAAACAUUCAUGGAAGUAUAAAUUUCACAUCAAAACUGGAAGUCAGCGAUCGCUAUCCAUCAGCACCAAUCAUAAGCGAAGGUUAUCCUAAGAACUUAACAGUGCUGGUUAACACAACAGCAGAAUUUGAAUGUCCAAUUUUAUCUGAUCUUGAAGCACAUAUUCAAUGGGCAAAGUUUUAUAGUUCACAAACCACAGGCACAGCAAUUCCAGGGAAUGUAACAAAGCUUGAGCGUGAUGAAGAUAAUGCUGGAAAACUUCAAUUGUUUAAUGUGACACAUGCCGAUGAAGGUUGGUACACAUGUGUUGCAGCAAGCAGUCUUGGAAGCACUUCUGAAAGUGCAUAUCUUCGUGUUGUCGAUUCUCUCCCUGACGAGUUAUCAGUGAGAAAGGAACGAGCUAAAAAUAAUGAGUGGUACGGUUAUUUGAUGACUUUUCUGAUGAUAUUCUUUGUUGUCGCUCUUGGGAUUAUCUUAUUUGUGUGGAAGAAAUAUACCAAAACCAAGAAAUUGCAACGUCAAAUGGAAAGAGUUAAUCAAUGGACAAAGAAAGUUAUUGUUGUUCAACCUUGUAUUGAUAAUGGUAAUCCAGGACUAUCAGAGACUCUUCAAAUGCCAAUUGUUCGGAUAGAGAAACAUCGUUCGGCAAUGGCUGGAAAUUCAAAUGAUCCUAACAUGAUAUCAGAGUAUGAAUUCCCAAUCGACCUUAAUUGGGAAUUUCCUCGAGCUCAACUUGAGUUGGGCAAGAAUCUUGGUGAAGGUGCGUUUGGAAAAGUCGUCAUGGCUCAUGCUAAUGGACUCGUCAAAACUGGACAAACGACGAUUGUUGCUGUGAAAAUGCUGAAAGAAGGACACACAGAUGAAGAUGUCAAAGAUCUUGUCUGUGAAAUGGAAGUCAUGAAAAUGAUUGGAACUCACAUUAACAUAAUUAAUUUACUUGGUUGUUGUUGUCAAGACGGACCACUUUUUGUCAUUGUUGAGUACGCACCUCAUGGAAAUCUUCGAGAUUUCUUAAGAAAACAUCGUCCAAAUUCUUAUGCUGAUAAUGCUCAAGAAAAGGAAAAGCAAACACUCACGCAGAAAGAUCUUGUCUCAUUUGCUUAUCAAAUUGCACGUGGAAUGGAAUAUUUGGCGAGUCGAAAAUGCAUUCAUCGUGAUCUGGCCGCAAGAAAUGUUCUAGUCAGUGAUGAUUUCGUCAUGAAAAUUGCUGACUUCGGUUUGGCUCGUGAUAUUCACACUCAAGAUUAUUAUAGAAAAACAACCGAUGGUCGAUUACCAGUGAAAUGGAUGGCGCCAGAGUCGCUGUUUGAUAAAGUUUAUGACACUCAGAGUGAUGUUUGGUCAUAUGGUAUUUUAUUAUGGGAGAUUAUGACGUUAGGUGGAACACCUUACCCAUCAAUACCAUCAGUAAAGAAUCUUUUCGAGCUCCUAAAAAAAGGCGAGCGGAUGGAGAAACCAGCGCUUUGUUCCAUUGAUAUUUACAUGCUGAUGCGUGAGACGUGGCACUGGCAUCCAAUGGAACGUCCAUCCUUUUCCGAGAUUGUUGAAGAUUUGGAUAAAAUUUUAAGCAUAACUGCAAAUGAAGAAUACUUAGACUUAGGUUUACCACAACUUGAAACUCCGCCAAGCUCAAGUGAUGAGUCUGGCGAUAACAAAGAUGAGUUUCCUUAUCUUUUGUAAUUUUCAUGCAUCAAACAGUGAAAUUAAUGUUGUAGAAACGGCAUCCGUGGUGUUUAAGCAAACAGAACAAAAAUGAAUAGUCUUGUAUGAAAAUUGAAUCAGAAAUUAAACUUUUUAAGAAAACUCAUCUUUCGUCAAAACACGAUUUUAGAUUUGGAGGCAAUAGAAACAACUUGAAAUGGAAGAAAGUUGACAAUUCAAAUUUGUAAUAGUUUCAUUACAUAAAUAUUAUCAAUGCUUUUAAAAACUUAACAAAUCUGAUAAUCAAAUAGUUUCAGCAAUAAGCUGUUACGACGUCAUCUUAUCAUUCUUCUUAUACAAAUCAGUUAAGUUUCUUAAUUAAGAUUUUCUUGCUGUGCUUUACAGUUAAUUAUUUUUUGUAUCAAAAUCGAAAGUGAAAAAUAAAGAAUCAAUUUA